AUGAUCGCAACGGUCGAGAUAAUUGAGCUGCUUCUACAAGGCAAAUGCGAUGAAACGGAGAAUCGUCUUGUACGCGCCCAAGUCCUUCAGCUCCUGAAGCUCUGUCUCAGGACGUACUUCACAUUCGACGGGACAAUCUACGAACAGGUGAAGGGCACACCAAUGGGUUUGCCGAUUUCGAGAUUCAUCGCCGAGGCGGUCCUACAGCGGUUAGAGUCGCUGGUCUUCCAACACCACAGACCGAAAUUCCUGGCCUGCUAUGUGAAUCCUACCUUGGUCGUUAUCGACCUGGAUCAACUGCUGACAUUCAAGGAACAUCUGAAUGCGGUCUUCCCGGACAUACAAUUUACGAUGGACGAGGAAGAGAACAACCAGCUUGCCUUCAUGGACGUCCUCGUAUGUAGCAAAGAUUGAGAUUGACUAAAGACCAAAGUGUUCGGGAAAACGACAAAUACGAUGCAAGUACUGAACUUCAACAGCAACCACCCAAUCAGCCACAAACGCAGUUGUGUAAGGACGCCAUACAGGCGCGUCGAAACGCACCGCAGUGAGCUGUAAAACAAGAUUGCGAACUACAAUACAUCCGACGAGCCUUCAAAGCCAAUGGCUACCCGCGCAACUUCGUCGACCGGUGCAUAUGCAAAAGGGACGAAAGGCCUAACCGCACGGACACCAAAUUUUGGCGAGCGCUUCUGUAUGUCAAGAAUGUUUCAGAAGCUGUCGGCCGCCUUCUCGCACCACUUGGAGUUGGAGUUGCUCACAGACGGAAGGCAAUUAUCAGGCGUCAGUUAAUGAAACCAAAAGACCCGCUGCCACGGCAAGAAACGUCUGGAGUCCUUUAUCGGAUCUGGUGCAGUUGCGGACAAAGCAACUACGUCAGAUAAACCGGAAGACAGCUCCGAACGCGAAUAGCCGAACACGCUGCAGCAGUGCGGAGAAAUGACGCCAGCUCUCAAGUUGCGGCUCAUUCGACGGGUUCCGGCCACACAUUUAAAUUUGACGAGGCCGAAAUUCUCGCAAGAGGUGACAACCGCGUGAGCCGGGAGCUGCUUGAGUCAUGGUUUACUGGCCCCCGGUUCAUUACCAAAUACAAUGAUCUUCUCAUUCCAUACUUGGUGCGGAGACUUCGCCUAGGCGGAGUAAUUGGCCACGCGGGGAGCGUACAGGUGAACACUUUUCCCAACACCAGGGUUAGUGCGUCAGAUAGUCGAGCAACCAUCACACCAACAUCCAACGCACGUGAUGACAUUGCAGCAAUUAACAACGUGAAUGUCGACCAUCAAACAGCCAUCACACCACGUGCAACGAUCCCUGAUGAAGGGAGGGGGGGGGGGAGGAAGCCGUGAAUAUUCAUAGGUAUGCGGUAGCAUGACGACUGCAUCCUUUAAAUACUGCAGCCCCUUAUGCAUGUACCACCCGUAUCUGCUUUUGUCUCUGAUGAUGGGCUCGAGCAGGAAUCCGGAUUGUCAGGCUGAUAAAACUCCUGUCCCAGCGAUCGUGUCUCCUUCUUCAAGGCCCCUGGUUUAUGCAGAAGCGACCAAGAUUUCGCACGACAGUACGUGGGAGACAGCAUGAAUACCAAAUGAAUGGGAGGGCCAUGAAUGUCGCUUUAAGAGGGGCCACUGCAUUCCGUCCACCAUUCGGCCACUCCACACAAACAUGCCAUGUGCAGGCAUCGGCCUGGUCCAUCAUUUGUGAAUCUAUCGCAUAGAGACUGGCGAAUCAGUGCCUGAGACAAUGCGGAAAGCUGAGGUGGUGACGACAUGUUUAUGCUGGUGCUCCAAGCACUGGUUCACGAAUCUCUGUGCAAAUAGAUCCGUGAUGCGCAUAUGCGGUGGCAGUGUGGGCAAUAUAGGUGGGAUGUCCACUGCGUUGUUUGUCUCCACUUGAGGGACCCGGUCGAUGGCGGUGCGGACCUCGGGGCUGAGAGGUUGAAGGCAAUCCUGAAGUGCUCAGCUCGCCGCUUCUGAGUUUGUAAUUUCUCUGUCAGUGGUAUUAAUCCGUCGGAGGAGAAAAGCGACGCGGGAUCGUAUACCGUCUUGUCUGGAGCAAAGAAAUUCUUUGUCUGAUUCCUGUCCGCAUACCCUUGGACCCCCUCGGUCUCGCGAGUCAUCCAAGCGUCCUCUAUUUUCCGCAACCGUUGUUGCAUAGGGCGGCGACGUCUGAAUUAGGCCACUUUAUUUUUGUCGGCAGUCGGUAGGCUGUGUGCUGUCUGUUAUUGUCGACGGGUUGGUUGCUGAUAUCUACAUCUUUGUCGUCAAGCCAAUCCUGGUGUUGACAACGCACGAGAUUUAGGCCGUCCAGGGCGACUGAGUGGAUAAGGUUCCACAGUUUAUACUACUGUUUUUUCACGGUGGCGUUAUUGUCUGGAGACUGCAGCCCUCCCACUCGCUGGGCCACUUGGUUGCUGAAAUAGAAGUGGUUGACAGGCAGAUUCGACGGAACAGCAUCAAACUUACCUGGUGGUCGCUUACCACGCGGUCCCCGCGAUCGGACGUGCAUGCAGAUCGCCUUCUCCCACGUCGGAAGGCGGAAUAAGGUGUUGAUGAGAAGGAUAUUUUGUCCUGGGCACGUUAAAAGAAGGAGGCCGCUGUCGUUACAGCCGUCGAGUACACGAUGAUUCAACACACCCACCCGGACGGUGUGGUCUGCCUCUUCACGGACACUGAAGUCACCAAGGACAAUCAGCUUGGCCGCCUUCGGUACGGUCGCCGGGAGAGCGUGGACGUCCUCAUAGAAUUUGUGUUUUGCCUCGUCAAAGCGGAUAUUUGGAGAGUCGUAGGCACUGAUGAUGGUGGUGAUGACUUUGGCUCCUCGAAGAGGCUCAUGAGGUGGUCGUUGGCGCCCUGCGACAGACAAGACGGUCGUUCCACGAUGUCGUUCCGGGUGGAAAAGGAGACGUCAGCAUCGCGUUGCUCUGCCUUUGGGCGGCCGCUCUGCAAGACUGUGUGGCCAACACCCACCUCCCUCAGCUAG